AUGACAGACGUGUGUAUCGUCUGCUUGGGCGAUUUUCGCCUCAGCCCUGAGCAUGCCGAUGCCGAGACAGAUAGCAUCCCCAUCAAGACCGAGACCGAAACUAUUGCGCCGCUUCCCGUGCUCCCUUCUGAACAAAGCAAACAUCCCGUAGACGAUGAAAUUGUUGCCCACCUCCUUCCCUGCGGACACAAUCUCCACGACUCCUGCUUACGCCCUUGGGUCGAGCGAGCCAACAGUUGCCCCAUUUGUCGCGCAAGCUUCAAUGUGGUCGAACUUCGCAACUUCCUCGAUGGCCCAGCCCACUCUUCCUACAUCGUCGAGGAAAAGCAACAACAAGCUGAUGUCGAUCCCACCUUGAUCAUCGACGACUUCCUGGAGGAAGAAGAAGCUCCAUGCCUCAUCUGUGGUAAUAUCGACAGCGGCCAUGCAACCAUGUAUUGCGAUGGAUGCGAUGGCACAGUCCACAUAUUCUGCGCUGGCUAUAGCGAGGUCACCGCUCCCGAAGUUUGGUACUGCGAAUCCUGCCAUCGCCCAGGCAAUCACGCUGCUAGUCCUCGACGUGCCCCACGAGCACGGAACCCACGACCAAGAAGAGUUGGAGGUAGAAGGCCUGGUAACGAAGCAUGGGACAGAGUCUGGGCCAGUGUCUGGCGCCGCCUGAAUUUGGACCUCGACUUUCCUCACGAAGAGGAAGACCUUACUGCCAUCCAUCGCACCCCGGCUCAACGACAAGAGCUUGCUGCCUGGACUCGCAGACUCCAAGUCGCCAGUCGCCAGGGUGGUGCAAACCGAUUCAGAGAUACCGCCUCCACUUUGCUGGAUCGAAGAAAUCUCGCUGCCGUGCAUUCACCAGAGUCACAGGAAGAACUCCGCGCCUGGAACGCGCUUGACAAGGCCCGCGCACUCGACCCCCAAGCGCAAGCACCGCCUAGCAGGAAGCGCAAAUCCGUCACAGGCUCACCCGCCUCGCCUCGAGACAACACAGCAGAGCGUGAUCAGGCUGAGCCAGCACGCAAACUCAAACGACCAAGGACCAGGAGAAACAUGACGAUACCCACACAGACAGAACCUGGUCCGUCUACUAUCGAGAUACCAGUGCGUCCGAUACAGACACCUGUCGAAGGACCAAGCUUCCUCACUCAGCUUCUCCAGGAGGUGGAGAAACAGCCUGCCCCCGAAGAGACGGGCUCACCAGACGCUGAAGCCAUGUCUGGAGACGACCAACUCGGACCAUCUAACUUAGCGUCUCCUGGAGCAUCUCCUAUCCACUCGGGCCAGGUUUCGCCUCCACGCGCGUUGUCUGUUACACCUCCACCCCAGCUUGCACGUCCCAGGCCUACUUCCCCUAUGCCCCUCACAUCGAUUGUUCGACCUCUUGCUUCACCGACGUUUUCUCUUGCUAUGAAUGGCAAGGAUGAGCGAGGUAGAUCACAUCGACGCCCCCAACAACAAGUCAGCAGCCCACCAAGAGACAUAUCGCCUGGUUCCCCCUCCCGCAACAUGUCGUACUCGACUAAGACUGAGAUCCAACGAAUGGUCAAAGCUGUCCUCGGUCCUCGUUAUCGUGGAGGCGAAAUCAACAAAGACCAGUACACCGACAUCAACCGAGAUGUGUCCCGCAUGCUCUACGACAUGGUUGGCGAUGCUGAAGGCCUGGCUAACCAAGAUGGCCGUGAGAAGUGGCAGGAAGUGGCUUCGGCUGAGGUCGAACGAGCAAUCGGGGCCAUUCGCUCGCCGAAAGAAGGCCCGUUCGAACAGAGAAUUUGGUUGAGCGGAGCGAACGAAUAA